AUGACUGCGGUAGCUCUCCCCCAGUCUCUGCCCCACACGCGGGAGACCUUCCCCGCAAUCGAACCCAAGCAAUCCAGUCUCAUUAGUGCGUUCGUCAUCUACCGAAACCCAAACCCAGUGAAACGGAGGCGAAAAAGGAGUAAAACGAAACUCCCCCAAAUCAAUUACGGAUGGAGCCCGAAAAGUAGCUCUCGAGGAAAGCGGGCGUCUUCUGGUGAAUUGCCCGUUAUCGACUCGAAGGAAAAGGCGAAUGGGAAUAAGUCUGGACGUUCGAAAAGUGAUUCUUCGAGUGGAAAAGGAACCCGUUUGCCGCCGAUUGAACAGAAGUAUGUGGACUUGGUCGGAGCGUCUGCAAUUUAUAAGAAUCCGCCGCCUCAGCGUCCGAAGGAUGCCACAACGACGCGACUCAGCGGGAGACGGAGUUCGGACAGCACUCAGAAGUCUGUGGAAAGCCAGCCCCGGGAGAAUCGGCGAGAGCGCCUCAUCACGUUGGCCCGUCCCAAGGAACUGAAAACAAUAUGGAUCACAAGUCAAGGUCCCCGAGUGAUGUGGGGUACGCAAGACAUGCUCUGGCCAGUCACAGGCGCUGCCAGGAGUGCGGAGGCGUCCGGUCGGGUGGUAGAGCUCGCUAGUCCAAAGAAAGUCUUCCAAACUGGAGUCAGAGUUUCCCGACCAGAGUAUGUGUACAGUUGUGGUCGGUCGUCAGUGCUGUAUGAUGUGAGUCCAUUGGCGAUGAGAGGCAGUGCUAGUGAGAGGGUGGCCGCUCUGGCUAGUCCAAAACAGCCACCAAAGGAAUACAGAGAUGACAGACCACAACAUGUCUUCAGCUGCGGCAGAAGUAGUCCCAUCUGGGGCGUCAAGGAAUAUAGUGGCUACGAGCCAACGCCAAGACUAGAGCAACUGUCAACAUCGAAACCACCACACUCAGAUUUUGUACCGAACCGAAUGGUUCAGACACAGAUUCCAAUCCAUGCACUCAACGGGAAGUCCACCAGUAGGCUGGAGGCCCUGGCCACACCAAAAAAUAGACCAGAAGGACCGUUUCGGGAACCACAAUGGCCGGUGGCAUUAUCCGCCAAAAAAGCCAGCGCCAACCAGCGCUGCGUGGAACUCGCCAAAGCAAAGGGUGUGGCAGAUGGUUACGUGCCGAACAGGGAGGAAGCUCUUUGGCACGUAAGUCGCGGAGCCAAGAGGGCGACGGCCAGUGGGCGGGUCAACGAAUUAGCGGUGCCUAUCAUUCGGGCUACCAUGGACCAUGUGCAAUUCGAUCCAGAUGCGUUCUUGGUCUCGCAGACCGCCUUAAAAGGAAUAUGCUCGAAACGUGUGGAGGAGCUGGCCCAACCCAAUCAGCGAUAGGCGCUCUUGCCUCAAUUAAUUAUGGACACUAUAGUCUCGAGGAUAUUUCCAAGAUACCAAACGUCCAAACUGUAAAAAUGUCCCAAAUCCCCGACUCUCACCAUUACCCUCCCUGAGUCCAUUGCACACAUCUUUCCCUUCAACAUGUAGGAAAGAAAUUGUGUUCAGAUCUAACACGCAGUACCUUAAUCUUAUCAAUUUAGUCACUGGAACACGUGUCUCGUGUUUCGUCAGUCUCACUGUAUCUGACGAGUUACAAGUCUUUUUUGUAAGUCGUCGUCUAAUUGGAUGCGUGUUGCGCUGUCGUUUAUGGUAGAUGGAGCAUGCAUCGGACAGGCAAACUGCACCCAAGUUGGAUGUGAACGCUGGGAAACACCAAGACGUCGUCAUUUUGGCCCCAACGUAGAGAAUUUGCGCUGAUAUCAGCGGGGAUUCACCGACUCCUUCGAGAGUCAAUCAUUGCAUCAACAUAUUACAUGUAUUCUCAUUUCAUUUUUGUCUAAUCCACUGAAAGCAUAUGGCUGUGAUAGUGUUCCAUGACUGCUUAGAAGUAUACAGCAUAUCAAUUUAUAUCCUGUAUAAAGUGUUUUGUAAACGUAUUGACGUAUCAUUUUGUGAACGUGCCAGAUCGACUUUGGACAAAAGGCUGGAUACAAGGGUGACUGGGUCUGUUUAGACUUGAUGUUUAACCUACCAGCGUGACGAGUGCCGACUUCGAAGUGCGAUUCUUAAGCUCUUGGCUGGAUCCAUCCUGACAUAACUAGUGGUUUUAAAUAUACUCCGCCUCUCGUUAUUUCCUUUUGUAUACGAGGUAGGAGUAUCAAAAACCUGAUCUCAGGGUGACCUGGCCCCUGCUUCUAGUAAUGCGUGCGCAUAACCCAGCUAGCUGACUCAUAGUUUGCCUUGUCAGAUGAGCAUGCCAGGGGCCGAAGCUAAAGAUGACCAUACCAGCGACCUUGGCUAGUUAUAUGAGCUUACCAGCGGUCUUGGCUGGUCAAAAGAUCAUACCAGUGGCCUUGGCACCAUGGUCACUGUGAUGAGCAUAUAUACCAGAGUUUGCUGGUGAUGGACAUAUCUUUACCCUCACUGUUGUAUGUAUUUUCUAUGAAAUUGAUUUGCUUCGAUUUGUGUAUGUGAUUUGCAAUAAAAAAAAUC